AUGACUAAUAUCAACGAAGCAACACUUCCAGCCACACAUGGCGUCAUAUACCAUCUCUCCGUCUCCGCAGACCAAGUUGCCAACAACAUCAUAGUAGUUGGUGACCCCGAACGUGUUCCAAAAAUUGCCGACUUAAUUUUCGAUAAGACACAACCGAUAUUCAGAAAGGACCAUAGAGGGCUUUCUGUGAUGACUGGUAAUUGUACUGGUGACAAUUUUAGAGUCUCUAUUAUUACACACGGAAUGGGUACUGGGUCGUCAGAGAUCGUAUUAAACGAGAUUUUGGCUCUUAAGGCUAUUGACAUCGACAAGAGACAACCAAAGAAAGUCACUGAACCACUGAACAUCAUCCGUGUGGGGACUUCCGGUGCUUUGAGUAUCGACACCAAACUCGGGACUACUAUUUUGACGAAAUACGCCGUUGGCCUUGACUCGACUGGACUCUUCUAUGAUAUUAAACCACAAAACCCAAAGGUGACCGAACUUGAGAACACCAUCGAUAGGUUGCUCGAUGAGGCUAUUCCAGACAAUCGCAGAUUUAAAGGAAAAAUCCACCCUUAUGCAUCAAUGCCAGACACACGGAUGGUCGAGGCACUGGAGAAGAGUGCGGAAAAGCACAAAUUACCAUGUAAAGUCGGUAUCACUGCAUCUGCCCCCGGUUUCUUUAACUGCCAAGGAAGACUUCUCUUCGAUGAGUUGCCGGGAACAGUCACGUCUAUUGAAAAUGCACUCUCCUUCGACUUUGACGGUGUUAGGCCUGAAAACUUUGAAAUGGAAAUCUCCAUCUUCAGUUUGAUUGCUUCGGGACUCAAGUGGGUCAGAUUUGGAGCAAUGUGUAUGGUCAUUGCGAACAGGAAACUGAACACAUUUGCAAAAGACACAGAGAGCAGUUUAGACCCAACUAUUCUCACUGUCGUCGACGCUUUGAGAGAAAUGGACAAAGUCCCACUUUAA